ACGGAAAAAAACAUAUUAAAUUCUCAUCUGACCGAGCAAAUGCGUCGUUCAAUUGAUCGCAUUUCCAAAUCAUUUGUCCAAAAACGUCAUCCAUUCACUAAUAAUCCAGGCCAUGGAAGUUCUAGAAGAUUUCACGCCACAGGGCAAACACGUUUCUACAGUUACAGUGUCGUCUUGUUGCCUGGCCGUCGUUUGACUGGAAGGCAGAUUCAUCUGCCCCCACAAAUCUGAAGGAAAAGAGACAUUCAAAAUUCAACCAGACAUAUAUCGGAUUGUUCAAGUGAAAUGCUGUCAAUCUCAGAAUGUCAUUGGUAUGCGGAGUCCCUGUACUGGAAUGCGUUUAUUGCAUAGCCUGCGCUCGGUGGGCAUGGAAGCGGUGCCUCCACACGGGCACCCAUGACAGCAGCCGCUGGGGCGUGGCCACGCCCGACGAGUUCGAGCCCGUGCCUCGCCUCUGUCGGCUCGUCAUGGCCGUCUAUGAAGAUGAUAUCCAGAAACCCCAAUGGGAGCCCCCGGGGGGAUAUGGUAUAAACCCUGAUUGCCUCCUCAAAAGGGUUACAUACGAACAAACCGGCGGCCGCGCGCCUCCUUACAUUAUCUACCUUGACCAUGAGCACCGUGAAAUUGUGCUCGCGAUCCGCGGCCUCAAUAUGGUCAUGGAGAGUGAUUAUGCUCUGCUGUGGGAUAAUAAGCUUGGGCAGCAGAUGUUUGAUGGGGGUUUUGUGCACAACGGCUUGCUUAAGUCGGCCGCUUGGGUGCUUAUUACGGAGGGCGAUACUCUUCGCGAGUUGCUUGAGGAGAAUCCUGAGUAUUCGCUUACUUUUGCGGGGCAUUCUUUGGGCUCGGGUAUUGCUGCGCUUUUGGCUUUGCUUGUGGUGAAAAAUGGCGACCAGCUUGGCGGUAUUGAGAGGAGUAAGGUCAGGUGUUAUGCGUUUGCCCCUGCCCGGUGCAUGUCGCUCAAUUUGGCGGUCCGGUAUGCCGAUAUUAUCAAUUCCGUUGUAUUGCAGGAUGAUUUCUUGCCAAGGACUGCUACUCCUCUAGAAGAUAUCUUCAAAUCCAUUUUCUGCUUGCCUUGUUUACUCUGUGUUAGAUGUAUGAGAGACACAUGUAUACCAGAAGAAAGAAUGCUUGCAGAUCCACGCAGAUUAUAUGCACCAGGACGGUUGUACCAUAUUGUGGAAAGGGAACUUUGCAGAUGUGGAACGAUUCCACCAGUUGUGAAAACUGCUGUUCCAGUAGAGGGAAGAUUUGAGCACAUCAUUCUUUCAUGCAAUGCAACAAGAGACCACGGAAUAAUUUGGAUUGAAAGGGAAUCACAAAAAGCAUUAGAUUUAAUGAUAGAGAGGGAUAGGACGAUGGAGGUUCCUUCUGAACAGAAAAUGCAUAGACAACAAUCACUCGCAAUAGAGCAUGAUCAACAGUAUAAGGCUGCUCUUCAAAGGGCUGUUACACUGAGAGUGCCAGAUGGACACUCUAGCUAUAAUCCGCCAUUGGAUAUGGUCUUUGAUGAAAAUUAUGAUGAAGGUGCUCCUCUUUUAGAUGAACAGGGGGAGCAAAUUACAGAAAAAAUAGACAUUGGGGAGCCUUCCUUCAGUGGAGAAGCGGUCAAGGGACAAAGCAAUUGGGAUGAGCUUAAAAAACUUCUUGAAAAGAAACCAGACGAUGAUAACAGUGUUAAAUGAAGUGUGUAUUAUGCUUGUAAUGAUUGUGUGUUCUCAUUCAUUGUACAUUUGAUGUUAGUUGCUUUUAUCAAUUAAUUCAUUUUUUUAUUGUUUUA